CGUACGCCAGAGCGGUGCCCAGCGAGCUCCCACGAGCACCUCACUGCUUUCUUCUCCUCGUAGCAGAGGCAAUUAGUCAGUGUGAUUGGACGGUCUUGGUCGCUCCUCAGUCUAUUGAGGGACAACCCCCACACGGACACAAAAGUAAACGAGAAAGGGGCAUAAGCAAAGAGAGGAAUACUAGAUGGAAUAGUUCGUGGUAUCGAGUACUGUACGAGGGAGAUUUUCAUUUCGAGAACGGGUUUAGCAUCGUUUGUGACUUUUUUCUAGCAUGCUUUGAAGUUUGGCCACCAUCUAUAAGGUUCUGUGCUUCAUCUGUCUCAAUAUUCGUCGAUUUCUAGGAAUCAUCUUUCACAACACCUCCGAAGGAUUCAUGUAUCUUAUCUUCUACAGGUUCGUCUAACACAGUUCAUCUACCCUUGGAGCCUACCCGCCCUUUGCUGACAACAUUUUGCAGCUGGUUUCUGCCCAACUCACUGCCAUGAUCAGGAUGAAAGACAGUUCAUUGUAGGAACAUGCUUAUGAUGGUGACGAAUAUAAUCAUCCUUCGCAAGUGCACAACAUGGAUUAUUGGAGAAUUACACAUCAUAACUUCCAUUUGCCAUUGAACUAUUUACUACAGAAAAUGAGACAUUGUGACGGAGAAUUCCUAAUUCAUCAUCCUUAGGAUUUAUAACCAAGCAAAACUACUCAUCUUGGAUAAUUCAUCGCCAUUCUUUGAUCGUUAUCGGAUAUAAGUUUGAAGAGUCUAAAGCAUUCUUCAGUGGGUGUGGAAGAAGUAAGAGCAGCACACAUUGUGAGAGAAAUGGUGGUGAUUAGAUCAAAUUGUGAUGCAACGUCAGGCAAUUGAUUAUGGCGAUGAACAUUACGUCAGUAUGGCCUUACCUGCUGCCUCUUGCUAUCUUUGCUAUGACAUGUUGGGUCAUUGUAAUACCUGGACUAGUCGCUCCAUUGCAGAUUCAUCUUCAAAGGAGAGCUGUACCAGAGAGCACAACAGACGCGCAUUUAAACAUCCGAGACAAAUACCGCGAUGCCCAACCCUCAAAAGCCAGGAUAGGUAGCACAGAGCGUGCCAGAAUGACGACAACACUCAGUGAUAACUUUUUGUCGGACCACAACGACAGAACUUCAGGGAAAAGCAGUAGGAAAUUAGAAAGUGAAAGUGAAAGGACGAGCACCGUGAAAAAUCUAGUUUUAUCUAAACCUGUAGGUGAAAAAGAGAAUGACCGCGAAGCCGGUGUGACGCAUGCGUACGUGGAAGGGAUCAUGGAAGGGGAUGACGAUGUCAGAACAGACGUGACGUCACAAUCCGAUCUUUCUAUUGAUAUGAAUGAAUAUUAUACGUAUGAUUAUGAUGAUUAUCCUAUGGAUGAUGAUGACGAGGAGGAGGACGAAGAAGAAGAAGAUGAAGAUUCAGUGAUGGAGAUGAGGAGUAAGAAAGAAGCAAAUACCAUGAUAAGGACAGAGGAGUUGAGAUCUAUGCAAAGACUGGCUGAGCUGGCCACUCUCUCAAAUCCAGAAUUGGGAUUUGUUAAUCUCAUCACGCCUAAUCCAGACCUGGAUAUCACCAUUGAGGUGGUGACGGACGACGAUGACGAAGAGGAGGAUGCGGCCGAGAUAGAUAAUCGGUUGCCGGGUGACGAUCGGCCUUCGAAUCCACGACCUCCUUCUCCGCCCCCGUCCGACCAUCGGGUCAGGGAUUCGGGGAGGAGGAAGGGCAAGGGACGAAAAAAUCAUCGAAACAAUAAUCGUGGAAAGGGGAACCAGAAACCGUCACGCCAAUCGGAAAAUAAUAAUGGAAAUACCUCAAGUUACUUUGAUAUGACACUCUUUCAUCUCAUCAGAAACACGGGAUAUAUGGACGGAGAAAAUGGUGAGUCUUCGGCAGCCGGGUUUGGCGAGUGGAGCUCCUGGUCAUCAUGCUCCACGUCGUGCGGUGGAGGAAAGAGAGAACGAACUCGACCUUGUGGGUUGCAGUGUCGUACCACAGAAAGACAGGAGUGCAAUAAACACAUAUGCUCGGGGUCCUCCAUUACGUCCGAAUCAGAGAACGAUUUCGUUGCGAGUGACCUUCCAAGCGCGACGAGGUCCAAUCAGGGAUUCAUCAUUAACCAGGGAUUCACCAUCGAUGUCGUCGACGAAAUCGCCGACGCCAUUGACAACUCUGACUUCGAUAGCUGUGAGGAGUGGAUGCAGUGUCGCAGUGAGAAGCUGGUGUCUUACCUAUCACAUCUAGAUGACCUCCCUAGCUGUCCUUGCUACUUCCCUACCAACAACGCCAUCGUAGAUCCUCAGCAGGGAAGGGAGUUUCAUUGGAUUGAGCAAGACCCUGAGGCGACCCGACUGGAUAUCUACAAGCCUACCGCCCAGAGUUGCAUCCAGUCUCUGCGGUCUUACCACAGUACGUCACUCGCCUCGCAGCAGUGCUGCUACGACUCCAAUCAGAGAUUGAUUACCCGAGGGCAGGGGGCCGGUACGCCUCAGCUCAUCACCUCACAGAUCUCUCAAGAGCUUCAUUAUAAGAUCGACAUCUUACCUUGGAUCAUAUGCAAGGGUGACUGGACCAGGUACAAUCAGAUCAGACAACCCAAUAAUGACAGAGAAUGCACAGACAUUCCAGAUUUGCAGACUUUCCUAUCUCAGGUCGAUGAAGCUCGGGACUUCUGAACAACAAGUUAUGCUGUCUUAAUUAAUGAUGGUGAUUGAGAAUAAGGUAUUAUAUACCAGCUAGCAUCGAUCCAGUCAUUAUGGGGGAGGGGGCACUGGUGUAGUAGCAGUGAUGGGGGGGGGGGGGCUCUAUAAAUGUUAGGUGGGUGAAAGACGAGAGAACAAGGCAAUAUUGUAAUGGUAGUGUGUGGCAGGGGCCGUAUUGUUUCAUCUUGCCUUUCCUCUCUCCCUGUCUUUCAAACUCUUUCUCUCGUUUUUGUCUUGUCUCUUCUCCCCUUUCCCAUUUCACAAUUGAAAAGAGGGCAAGUAACACCCCGGUAGCUACGCCACAUAUAUUACUCAAUACUACUCAUUUGAUAAAUUCAAGUCUAAUUUAUUUUUGGAAAUGCUUUCAUUGUUACAUUAAUCACAAUGUGCCAAAAUAUAAAUAUCUGAUACAUUCAAUACAAUAAAGCUUUACACCAAUCUAAAACUUUUACCGUACAGAUUCACCCAUGAGAGCAACCAUUUUAUUUAAUGUUGUUUGAACAACAAAAUAAAAACUACGGUCCUUUUUCUUUCAUGAUUAGAUUGUCAUAUCAAGAGUGAAUUUGAGGUUAUAUUUUUGUCGGAGGAUUGAUACCUUAAAGAUGUGAAUAUACGAUGAUAUAAUUUACGCUUUAUUUUGAUGUCAUCUAAGAUUAUUAAACUACCUCGAAUGAUAACCGAUGUUGAUGUUAUUGCUGUUUAUGAUAAUACCUGUAUGAACAUUGAUACGGUAUCUUACGAGGAGUAUUCUGUUCAUAUUUUCUUCGUAAUAUAUUAAGUUAAGAUACCAGGGGGUGUUUCACAAAGAUCCUAAGUUGAACUUAUCUCUAAGUUGGACUUAACAAUUAUGGAAAGCCAUUAGCA